AUGCCAUUGUCGCAAAAUGUCUGUGGACCACCGUCCACUGCAGCACGUUCCCACCGUCUCAGAAGCUUGCACAAGUUGACAAUCCAAACUCAAACAGAUGGUGAUACUCGAUGUGUUAAUAAUAGGGGGUGGCCCUCAUGCCUUGACCCUUGCUACCUUGCUAUCCAACCCUGACCCUGAUACAAACUCAGAGCCCAGACAUGACUUACCUCUUCACCCCUCACGCUUGGACCCUUCGAGGCCUCAGACAAACCCAGAAACAUCAAACAACAAACGCUACAGCGGCAAGAAGACGAGGAGGGCCACAGCUGGCCCGACAUUGGAGGAGCAUUUAGCGAAAUCAACGAUAUCACAGAGGGUCGAUUGCCCCCCGCUGAGUUUCCGAGUGGUAGAUUCCUAUGGAGAGUGGACCACUCUGUGGGAGAGCCAGUUCACAACUCUGAACAUCCCUCAUCUGCGCUCACACACACUAGUGCACACAGACCCUUUCAAUAAGAAAGCGCUGCAGGAGUUUGUUUUAAAGUCAAACCGUUCAGCUGAGCUUCACAGUCUUCCAGACCAAGUUUAUAUUCUGGACGAAAAUGCAUUUUUUAAUGACAUGAGGCUCGGCAGGAAGGAGAGGAAACGUCUGAACAUCACCUCAACACUGAAGAAGAGUUUGUGCUUCAGUCUGCCAGGAACCAAACUAAGUGUGGAUUUCUUUAAAGAGCAGGUGGAGAGAUACAAUUUGGACAAAGUGCUGGUGAAGGGAACAGUGGAGCACGUCAGCCCUGUGGCUGAGGACGAGGAAGAGGUGCAAGCAGAGGCUGACUGGAUCAAAGAGGGGGAGGCCAAGAGAGUGACUGAAAGGAAGAGAGUGGAGUAUUUUGAAGUCCAACUUCAAGAAGGCAUCAUCCUAAAAGCCCGGCAGGUCGUUAUGGCUACAGGUCCAACCCGCGCCCAGAUGGCAAACAUCCCUUUAUGGGUGAAAAGCAUUGGAGAGAGCUACCCAGAGGAGCGUUUGCAACACACAGUGCACCUCAUGCACCACCUCCCAACUGCUCGGCAAAAACCUAAAGACACAGAUAAUCAGAGACAGAAAGAGACUUUUCCCCCUCAAGAAUUGUGUGCAGUGUGUGAGGCAGGGCAGAGAGUAAUGGUAGUUGGUGGAGGUCUGACCAGCGCUCAUGUCGUCUCAAUUGCGCUGCAGCAAGGUGCCAGCCAUGUGACAUGGGUCAUGAGGAAGCACCUCCAGUUAAAGCAGUUUGAUGUAGGAGACGUGGAGAGUCUGGUGGGUCGUUACUCCCACACGGAGCACGGCAUCAAGAUGGAUGGCCAGGCCUUCCUGCGGCAGUUCUAUAAUGAACGGAGUCUCCACAAACGGCUGGCUAUGAUACGCCAGGCGAGGAAAGGAGGGGCCGUCACCCCUGAGGCCUACAUCCAUCUACAGCCGUUCAUCCAGAAUGGACAGGUGGACGUGAAGACGUACUGUCAGGUGAGUGAAGCCAGCUGGUGCUACAGGAGCCAGGCCUGGAGUCUCUCCCUCAGCACUGGGGACCACUGGACUGGAGAUAUGAUUUGGCUCGCCACCGGCUGCAAACUUGAUGUCAAACAGGACCCGUUGCUUUCUGAGGUGAUGAAGGAAUUCCCCAUUCAGGUGAUAGAUGGUUGGCCGUGCAUAUCAGAAAGCUUACAGUGGGCAGACGGGUGCCCGCUCUACCUGAUGGGGCAGUACACUGCUCUUCAGGUUGGACCUCACGCAGUAAACCUGGCCGGCGGACAGGCUGCCAGCAUGCGAAUCGUCAAGGACAUCAUGAGCCAUCAGCAACAGGACAAUGCUGAGGCUUCUGAAUUGAGUGGGGAGAAAUCUAAAACUGAAGAAUAUAUUCAACAAAUGCAGGGCCUAUUAUGGCUUUGAAGUUACCAUUUAGACGGAAGAACUAACCUUCACAUGUGUGUGAGCAGCCUCUUGUUGACUUAAUGGAUGGU